UGCAGGCUUGGUGUUUCUCCCAGACCUGCUGCUCCUGCUGCUCCUGGUGCUGCCGUGCCCUCUGGGAGGUCUCUCCAGGACCACAUUGCGGCCCCUGAAGGCCAGGUCCGGGUAGGUCUCCUGCAUCUCUUCGUGGACCAGGCGGGUCCGCGGGGUUUGGGUCUGGGGCUGAACGAAGGAACCUGCAGAGGAGGAACGGCAGGGUCUGGAGGGUUCUGAGACCGAGAACACACAGACCACCUUCAGUCUUCAUGUCCAGAACAGAGGAGGGUCUGGAGGUCCAGAACAGAGGAGGGUCUAGAGGUCCUGGAGGUGCUUCACUGCUGACGUUGCUUACAAAGGUUCCACUAACUUGUCAGGUUGGAACCUUCUGUGAAGAACCUGCAGCAGAUCCUGCAGGAAAGAACAUGAGGACCGUGGAGUGAAGGAGGAGCUCUGCUGACUGGACCUCUUCAGCGGGGGUCUGGUGUGGGUCUGGGUGUGGGUCUGGUGUGGGUCUGGAUGUGGGUCUGGAUGAGGAGCUGCGGAUGCCGCUCCAAAGGCUGUAACUGAAGCUAACCAUCCCAUCUCCACCACGAUGCUUGGGUGUCGCAGUAGGCAUCUCCGUGGUGAGAUCGUUUGCAAUCGCCGGAUGACGGGAGGCUUGUCGUCACUAUCUGGAAGUACACGAGGCAUCGGGACGCGGACGCUCCCUUUGGUUUGUACGGCCGACCCACUGUGGGUGUCGGCCCCACGAGGAGUGCUUCUCCUCCAUGUGGGCACGCCGUUGUGCUUCCUCCGCCUGGCUCGGUAGCUGGGCUGUCUGGUACGAGGCCGGUGUGGUCGGCCGCUUUGGAGUUUUCCCGGUUGUUGGCCCCACUGAGGCGUCGGGCCUUGGCAGGGGAAGGAAGUAGAAGACGGGAGGAGGACGCGGGAGAGAGAGACACCUGGAGGAAAAGGAGUUUUGGCUUCAGCAUCUAACGGGAAGAAAGAAACUGAGUUUGAGUAGACUGACGAUUUGGAAAGCGGUUCAUGAGUUGAGUGCACGUCGGUGCGGCGGAGGUUUGUUUUUUUGGGUCGCUCCAACUCCAAGGAGGGGCGAGAAAAGAAAAAAAAACGGUUUAGCGGCUGAAGAAGAGGAGCGGCGAGAAACGGCUGCUGGAGGAGGAGAGACAGGAGGACGGAGGUGAAGGAGGCUGGACCUGGACGUCUUCUCGGCGGUCUCAAGUGGAUGUGGAUCCUAGUGAAGGACCGGCGGAGAGGAUUCCACUAAAGGAAUAUAUCACUUGUCAGAGCCUGCUGACCUGUAGCCACAGCUGAGGGACUGGACGACUCCUGUCUCACUAUGUCUUCUGCCCUCCAAGGAAAGCUGCAGCGGGACGGAGACCACAAGAAACCAGUGAUCGUUUUGGAGGGGAACAUUGCCAGUGGGAAGACCACGUGUCUGGAGUACUUCAGCAGAACCAGUGAUGUCAAGGUCUUCACAGAGCCGGUCUCCAAGUGGAGGAACGUCCGAGGACACAAUCCUCUGGCUCUGAGGUACCAGGAUCCUGAACGCUGGGGCCUGACGCUGCAGAGCUACAUCCAGCUCACCAUGCUGGACCGACACACAUCCACCACAGAGGCUCCCGUCAAGAUGAUGGAGAGGUCCAUCUUCAGCGCCAAGUACAUCUUUGAGGAGAACCUCUUCAGAAGUGGGAAGAUGCCCGAGGUGGACUUUGCCGUGCUCAGUGAGUGGUUCGACUGGAUCACCACCAACGUGUCCAUUCCAGUGGAUCUGAUUGUCUACCUGCAGACGGAUCCUGAGACGUGCCACCGGCGGCUGAAGCAGCGCUGCCGAGAGACGGAGGAGGAGGGCAUGACACUGCACUGUGUGUGUGUGUGUGUGUGGAUGUGUGUGUUUGUGUGUGUGUAUCUAGGAGCACCUGCAGGCCAUCCACGAGCUGUACGAGGACUGGCUGGUCAGACGGACCUCGUUCUCGCUGCCGGCUCCCGUCUUGGUGAUUCCUGCGGACGGCGACCAUCAGGACAUGAUGCUCAAGUACGAAGAGAACCGAGAGCAGAUCCUGGCUGCUACAAUCUUCUGACAUGCGCACACACACACACACACACACACACACACACACACACUCCCAAUCUGAGCAGAGCUCUGAACCUGGGGGGACCUGAAAGAGACUCAUAGAGUUCUUCAUUUUUCUCAGUUUUAACUGAAGAAUGUUUGAAAUGUUUUUUUUUCUGUUGGAAUCAAUAAAACUGAUCUUUUUGAAGCUUCUG